CGCAGUAGAAAGUAAGAAAUAUAAUUAAGUCGUGAUAUUAUAGAACUAGCAUAGUAUAGAGUAUGGGAUACAAAAUAUGGAUAGCGGCUGGGGAAAAUGUGAAUGGCAAUCCAACAACACCGUGGAUCAUGCCCAAUUUCGUACAGAAUAUUGAUAGACCCAUAGAGGGAGGAAAAUCUCCGCUAAACUCGCUAGAUCUUGAAUUGAAAGCCAAAAUCGGAAUCAUCAACAGUUCGCACACUGUAUCAAUCAUCGUCCGAGCUCGUGGUGUCGCUAUCCUCGUCCUUUGGGCGGCUAUCCCUCCAACUGGGGGGCUUGCUCCGCCCACCUCUGGGUGCUUCCCGUCUCGCAGCGCUGCCGCCACUGAACGUUGCCGGCUCCUCAUCAUCUUCAUCCCUGGCAUCAUCAAACCGUCGUGGUCUCCCAUAUCCGCUGCGCGGCCCGUGAGAUGCACCGGCGAUUGUCAUCCCGGGGUUUGGCCUCGAGUCACGGUAAUCCAUACGGAUCUGGUUCGUGCGUGCUCGAGCAGACUCAUCUUUCCCACCGAAGAGGUCUGUGAUGUAUUGAUCGAAGCCUUCAGCGACCUUUGCAACUUUCUCGAAAUGCUUUUUUCGCAGGAUAAGUCGCUUUUCUUUGCCUUCGGUGGCAUUCGAGUUUUUCAAAUUACGUGACUGGUCUGAACGACUAUCCCAUUCUGCAAGAGCGACUGCCGUCUCGAAUGCAUUUUGAAUUUGCCUGAGUAGAAAGGAUUAGCGAGAUAUUCCACACUGAGAAUGUAAAUGUUGUAGGUCUGGGGGGCGGAGGGGACGAAAGCGGGGGGCAAAGGGAGAGUCAUGGAUUGAUAAAACUGACCUCCCGUUCCACUGCCGUCGCUUCUCUGAACUUG